UUUGACCAUUAAUAUCUUUAAUUGUUAAUUAGAAAAAAUUAUAUUAUAAAAAUAGACAUUAUGAAGAAUGAAAUGAUAUAUUAUGCCGGAGUUGUUUUUUUUUUUUAUUUUUUUAUCUCUACUUUUUGUUUUGACCAUUUUUAUGUUGUUGUUUUUGCUUUAUUUAUUCCUUUUAUGAUAAAGAGAUUACCUCCUGCAUUCCUUGGCACCACCAACACUAUACAAUCCCCCGGUCCUGACGCCACUCCUCAGUCCUCACCGCAACCAAUUUAAAUUGUUGAAUUUCAACCCAAACUUCAACUUUCUCCAGAAAUUAGAAAUCAAACAAUGAGGUUGAUCAAAGUUGCAACUUGCAAUUUGAAUCAAUGGGCAAUGGAUUUCGAUUGCAAUUUGAAGAAUAUUAAGGAUUCAAUUUCUAGGGCUAAACAUGCUGGCGCUACUAUCCGAUUAGGUCCUGAGCUCGAAAUCACUGGUUAUGGCUGCGAAGAUCAUUUCUUAGAGCUCGAUACUGUCUCUCAUGCAUGGGAAUGUCUGAAAGAAAUCUUGCUCGAGGACUGGACAGAUGGCAUACUAUGUAGCUUCGGGAUGCCUGUUAUAAAUGGAUCGGCACGUUACAAUUGCCAAGUUCUUUGUAUGAAUAGAAAGAUCAUCAUGAUACGACCAAAGAUUUGGCUUGCCAAUGAUGGUAAUUACAGAGAGCUGCGUUGGUUCACUUCCUGGAAGCAUACAGACCAGAUGGUGGACUUUCAGCUACCUCGAGAUAUUGCGGAUGCCAUAUCGCAAACAACAGUGCCCUUUGGUUAUGGUUUCAUUAAGUUCUUGGACACAACUGUUGCUGCUGAAAUUUGUGAGGAGCUAUUUUGUCCAGAUCCACCACAUGCCCAGCUUGCACUAAAUGGUGUUGAAGUUUUUAUGAAUGCUAGUGGAAGUCACCAUCAACUAAGAAAGCUCAAAGUUCGUAUGGAUGCUUUUAUAGGUGCUACACAAGCUCGUGGAGGGCUUUACAUGUAUAGUAAUCAGCAGGGUUGUGAUGGUGGACGCUUAUAUUACGAUGGAUGUUCCUGUGUUGUUGUGAAUGGAGAUGUGGUUGCACAAGGCUCACAAUUUUCAUUGAAGGAUGUGGAAGUUGUCAUUGCUCACGUGGAUCUUGAUGCAAUUACUAGCCUACGACUUUCCUCAAGUAGUCUUCAGCAGCAGGCGAGCAAAAAAGUAGAUGUCCCAUUUGUUGUAGCUCCGUACAAGCUUUGCCAAUCAUUUCAUUUGGACGAACCUAUUUCAUGUCCACUUAAGACCAAAUUUUGUGAACACAAACCUGAGGAAGAAAUAGCUUUGGGACCUGCUUGCUGGCUAUGGGACUAUUUAAGAAGAAGUGGAGCUUCUGGUUUUUUGCUUCCACUUUCUGGAGGUGCUGAUAGCUCCUCUGUUGCUGCAAUUGUUGGCUGCAUGUGUCAGCUAGUUGUUAAAGAAAUACAUAAUGGUGAUGAACGAGUUAAAUCUGAUGCAAUAAGGAUUGGCCAGUAUCCUGAUGGCAAAUUUCCAACUGAUAGCAAAGAGUUUGCAAAACGCAUAUUUUACACCGUGUUCAUGGGAACGGAAAAUAGCUCUGAAACAACAAAAUCACGUGCCAAAGAACUUGCAGAUGAGAUUGGGUCAUGGCAUCUUGAUGUCUGCAUAGAUAGUGUAAUUUCAGCACUACUGACUUUGUUUAAGACACUAACAGGAAAACGCCCUCGCUAUAAGGUAGAUGGAGGAUCAAAUGCUGAGAACUUAGGGUUACAGAACAUUCAAGCUCGUAUCAGAAUGGUUUUGGCUUUCAUGUUGGCAUCGCUUAUGCCUUGGGUUCAUAGCAAAUCUGGGUUUUAUCUUGUCCUUGGUAGCUCCAAUGUCGAUGAGGCAUUGCGUGGUUACUUGACAAAGUAUGAUUGUAGCUCGGCCGACAUAAAUCCUAUUGGAAGUAUUAGUAAGACUGAUCUUCGAGCAUUCUUGCGGUGGGCUGCUGUCCAUCUUGGCUACUCUUCUUUGGCAGAUGUUGAAGCUGCUCCACCAACGGCUGAACUGGAGCCAAUACGCUCAGAUUACACACAGCUGGAUGAAGUGGAUAUGGGAAUGACAUAUGAAGACCUUUCAGUUUAUGGCCGAUUGCGUAAAAUUUAUCGUCGUGGUCCAGUAUCUAUGUUCACGGAUCUUUGCUUUAGAUGGGGUUCAGUAUUGACACCAUCAGAAAUUGCUGAGAAGGUGAAGUAUUUCUUCAAGUACUACUCCAUCAAUCGACACAAGAUGACUGUCCUUACGCCUUCCUACCAUGCAGAGAGCUAUUCACCAGAGGACAAUAGGUUUGAUCUGCGUCAAUUCUUGUACAACUCGAGAUGGCCAUUUCAAUUCCGCAAAAUUGAUGAGCUUGUUAAGAAGAUCAAUGGUGACAAAGUUCUAGCAAAAUCUGUUGACAAAGAUAAACCAGAACUUGUAUCAGAUCAGGUUGGUGGCAUGGGAGUUGCAGCCGUUGGAUCUGGAAACCCUAAUGUGGGAUUUUAGUUAAAAUUGCAUUAGCAGCGCAAGUUCCUACUGUAUUUUUAGCUUAGUUUAGUGAUGAUUCACAAUUUUCACCUCACCUUGUACAUAAUUAUUCAGUUACUUGCUGAAAAUUUAAAUACUUGUGAAAUAAUUACCAAAAAUACAGGGUAUUACAAAAUAUGCCAGUGACUUUUACAGCCUUCAUUAUACAGUCAUCA